AUGAAUAAUACCGUUGAUGACAAUAAGACGCUUCAAGCUGCUUUUAAAGAGGCAUCUUCAGCACCAGAGAAGUUUAUGUUUAAUGGUUUACCUAAUGAAUCCGAAGACAACGUUGAUUUGAUAAUUGGUUAUUUCAAAGAUGAUGAUUUUGAAAGAUGGUUUAAGCUGAUUAGUUUGAAUUAUAAUUGGUCAAGAAAGAGUUCUUUUGAGUCACCAGAAGAGAACAACAAUGAUAACAAAACUGGAAAGCUGCUUUAUUCCAAAGAAGAAUACUUUGGUUGUUUUCUGCGAGGAAAAUUUAAGUCGAAAUCAAAAAAGAGCAACGAUGCUAUUGUUAACCAGACAGUAUCGUCAAUAAAAUCUGAUUGCCCCGCAAGACUUUACGUUAAACAACAAAAAGGUAUUCCUGGUUAUAAAUUAAUUGGUUUUGUACCAACCCAUAACCACGCUCCACAAGAGAAUGGACCUUUAAAUGCUGUGGCAAGAGACUGGCUAGUUGAUGUGGUUGAAAAAGGUUACACCAGGAGUCAGAUUGCAAAAAUAUUAUUUAACCUUCAUGGUCAAAGAAAUAGAAGUCAAAUUUCAAUGAGUUACAGACCAUUUUUAAGAAUUCAAACAUCAUAUUAA